AUGCCUCAAGAACAAUUGCGCAUCCUGGUCGUCGGUAAUGGAGGCCGUGAACAUGCCUUCGCCUGGAAACUGAGCCAGUCUCCCCGCGUCGACAUUGUCUAUGUCGCUCCCGGUAACGGUGGCACUGGUCUGGGUGGUUCCAGCAAGAUCGCCAAUGCCAAUGUGAAGGGUAAUGACUACCACGGUCUGGUCGCGUUCGCCCAGCAGAAUGGCGUGAACCUGGUCGUGCCCGGCCCCGAAGCUCCCCUUGUUGAGGGUAUUCAGGGUUACUUCCAGGCCGUUGGCAUCAAAUGCUUCGGUCCCUCCAAGGCUGCCGCCCGCAUGGAGGGCUCUAAGACCUUCUCCAAGGACUUCAUGAAACGUCACAACAUCCCUACUGCCGCCUACGAGAACUUCUACGAGUACGAACCCGCCCGCAAGUACCUCGACUCCGUCUCCCACAACGUCGUGAUCAAGGCCGAUGGAUUGGCCGGUGGAAAGGGUGUCAUCAUCCCUCAGACCAAAGAAGAGGCCCACCAGGCUCUCCGCGAGAUGAUGCUCGACCACCAGUUCGGUGAGGCUGGAAACGAAGUCGUCAUUGAGGAAUACCUCGAGGGUGAUGAACUGAGUGUUCUCACCUUCUCCGACGGCUACACCAUCCGUUCCCUGCCUCCGGCGCAAGACCACAAGCGCAUCUUCGAUGGGGACCAGGGCCCCAACACGGGUGGCAUGGGAUGCUACGCUCCCACCCCGAUCUCUUCUCCAGAGGUGCUCGCCGAGAUCGACCGCACCAUCAUCCAGCCUUCCAUCGACGGCAUGCGUCGUGAUGGCUUCCCCUUCGUGGGUAUCCUUUUCACCGGUCUCAUGAUGACCAAGGACGGUCCCAAGGUCCUCGAAUACAACGUUCGCGGUGGUGACCCCGAAACUCAGACCCUCCUCCCCCUCCUGACCGAUGACACCGAUCUGGCGGAGAUCAUGGUCGCCUGUACCGAACACUGGCUGGACGGUGUCGAGAUCAAGGUCAAGCCCAACUUCUCCACCACCGUGGUCGCCGUCGCGGGAGGCUACCCCAACUCGUACGCCAAGGGCAAGGCCAUCACGCUCGAUCCCGUCCCCGAAGGCACCCUGAUCUUCCACGCGGGAACGACCCUCUCCGGCAACGAACUGCAGACCUCCGGUGGUCGUGUCAUUGCCGCCACGGCUACCGCCUCCAGUCUCGAGGAGGCUGUCCGCAAGAGCUACGCGGGCAUCUCCACCAUUCACUUCGAGGAAAUGUUCUACCGCAAGGACAUCGCCCACCGUGCCUUCCGCCAGCGUGACGCUGUGGCCUCCCAGCAGCAGUCGCUGACCUACGCCGCCGCCGGAGUGUCUAUCGACGCCGGCAACGACCUCGUCAACAAGAUCAAGAGCUCCGUCGCGCAGACCAAGCGCCCUGGUACCGACGCCGUGAUCGGUGGUUUCGGCGGCCUCUUCUCCCUCGCCGCCGCCAACCCCACCUACCACCCGCACUCGCCCACCCUCAUCGGCGCCAUCGACGGCGUCGGCACCAAGCUGAAGAUCGCCCACGCCGUGGGCGUCCAUGACACCGUUGGUAUUGACCUCGUCGCUAUGAACGUCAACGACCUGGUCGUCCAGGGCGCCGAGCCCCUCUUCUUCCUCGACUGCUACUCGUGCGGCAAGCUCGACGUCAACACCGCCUCCGCCUUCGUCACCGGCGUCGCCAACGGCUGCGUCCAGGCCGGCUGCGCCCUCAUCGGCGGCGAGACCGCCGAGAUGCCCGGCCUCUUCGUCGAGGAUACCUACGAUGCCGUCGGAGCUGCUGUCGGCGCCAUCAACACAACCGGUGAACACGCCCGCACCGUCCUCCCCGACACCGCCGCCAUGCGCUCCGGCGACGUGCUCCUCGCCCUGGCCUCGUCCGGCCCGCACUCGAACGGAUACUCCCUCGUCCGCAAGAUCGUCGAGCGCUCCGGCCUCUCCUUCGACGGCCCGGCUCCCUUCUCCAUGCCCUCCGCCUCCGGUCCCCUCUCCCUCGGCCGCGCCCUCCUCACCCCCACCCGCAUCUACGUCAAGCCCCUCCUCAAGGCCCUCUCCAUCCCCUCUUCGUCUUCCUCUGCCUCCGCUUCCGCCAUCAAGGGUCUGGCCCACAUCACCGGCGGCGGUCUCGUCGACAAUGUGCCCCGCAUGCUCCCCUCCACGCUGACGGCGCACAUCGACGUCUCGACCUGGCAGCUUCCCUCUGUGUUCGCGUGGCUCAAGAAGACCGGCAACGUCACCGCCACGGAGAUGGCCCGUGCCUUCAACUGCGGUGUCGGCAUGGUCAUCGCCGUGGAGAAGGGCACUGAGGCCGCGGUCAAGGAUCUCCUGCAGAAGGAGGGCGAGACCGUCUACGAAAUCGGUGAGCUGAAGCCCCGCCAGGCCGGCGAGGAGGGCUGCGUCCUCAACGGACUUGAGACCUGGGAUGCUUAG